AUGUUAGCAGCGAAAGUAAACACAGAGACAGAAGAGCAAAAUAGAAUAAGAUUCCAGGUUGAACUUGAAUUCGUACAAUGCCUAGCUAAUCCAAAUUAUAUUCAUUUUCUUGCCCAAAGAGGAUAUCUCAAAGAACAGACCUUUGUGAAUUAUAUAAAAUACCUUCAAUAUUGGAAAGAACCAGAUUAUGCAAGAUAUCUCAAAUACCCGAUGUGCUUGCAUUUCUUAGAAUUGUUGCAGCAUGAAGCAUUUAGAAGGGAGUGUGUCUCUGCUCAGGUCUGUAAAUUUAUGGAUGACCAAGCAAUCUUAUUAUGGCAACAUUAUACAAGAAGACGGACACGAACAUUGCAACCCCCUGACACUCCUGUACCUCCUACUACAUCUAAUUCCAUUCAACAUCCACCUCGACAGCCAUAG